AAUGGUGAAAGCCAUGGCGAGACUGGGAGCUGGUGGAAGCGGGAGAGUUGGGGGAGGAAUGGACACCCCUGCGAGCUGAGAAGGCGAUAAUGGUAUAUAAAUCAUGAAAUCUUAAGCCUGGAUGAAAGCAUACAUACGAUCAAAGUCACACCGAGGACUUCUGUGUACCCUCCACGAAGCAUCGCCUUCGAUUCCACCCCUCCCGACAAAUCCUAAAAAAACCAGAAGCAACCAUGCCAACAACUGGCCUUAUCGUAUGCAGCACACGUUCACCCCGUGCCGGGCUUCAAAUCAGCACCUUCAUCCACGAGACCAUCAAGCAAGCACAUCCGCAAGCAAGCAUCACAGUCAUUGACCUCGCAGAAUGGAACCUACCACUAUAUAACGAGCCGGGGAUCCCGUCGCGUAUCACAUCAGCUGAGGGUUACGUUCACGAGCACACCAAGGCCUGGUCGCGGGAGAUUUCGCGCUACGAUUCAUUCAUUUUCGUCACCCCCCAGUACAAUUGGGGAUACCCUGCGAGUCUCAAGAAUGCGAUCGACUAUCUCUUCAAUGAAUGGAAGGGAAAGCCGGUGAUGGUUGUCAGUUAUGGCGGUCAUGGGGGCGGCAAAGCCGCGGCGCAGUUGCAGCAGGUGCUGCAGGGAUUGAGAAUGGUGCCCCUGGAGAGCACGGUUGGAUUAACCUUUCCCGAGAAGGAGAUCAUGGCACGCGCCGCGAUGGGGGAGGAUCUGGGGUUGGGAGGAGAGGGGGGUCUCUGGGCAGGAGAGAAGGAAGCAAUCCAGGGCUUAUUCGGGGAAUUGGUGGGAGUAGUGGAGAAGUCGAGAUGAUUGUGUCAUAAGUUGUCUGAUAGGCGGUGUAUGUCCAUGAUUGUGGCGUUCAGGUGUUACCCGGUGUCCCCGAGCCACAGACC